AUGGGGGAGCCAUGCCAAAAAUAUUGGUUCUCUGAUAUGGAAAUACAAGAUUUUGAUUUCUUUAACCAAGGCCACAAGAUUGAAUCACUGGAUGUUGAGGGACAAAUCUUUCGGGAGAUCAUGCAUCAGCCAGGUUUCUCUUCUGACAGCGAAACUCACUCUCCCAAAGUUCAAAGUAAAUCAAACCACGGUGGUUGUAGUUACACAGCCCUCACCAGCAACAAGAGUAGCAACCUUGUGAUGAAGAGCAACAGCUCCAGCUUCAUCUUCUCAUCACAAUAUGCACCUGAGAAACCUGCCACAGCCUCUUCUCCAACUGCGUACAUUCUUUCUUUCGAUGAUUCCACCGUAGUUGCGGCUACUUGCCAAACCUACGAAGGAAAACAGCCGUACCAAGAGGAUGUAGUAUUAGGGAGUGGUGGCGCAUGUCUUCCCUCAAAAGUGGUCUCAGAAAAAUAUGACAUUGAACCUAAGGCCAACCCAACAACAAGAAAAGGUAGAAGUUCUGCAGAGACACAUGACCAUAUUAUGACUGAGAGAAAAAGGAGACGGGAACUGACAGAGAGAUUCAUUGCACUUUCAGCCACCAUACCUGGUUUGAAGAAGAUUGACAAGGCCACUAUACUUAGCGAAGCAAUCACUUAUGUGAAACGACUUAAAGAACGAGUAAGAGAGCUAGAAGAACAAUGUAAGAGGACAAAGCUAGAGUCAGUGUCAUUCGUUCAUCAGAGAUCCGACAUUGCUAGUGACAAAGGCACAACUUCUGGUGCAGUGAAAUCUGAUGACUGCUAUAGAACCAGUGAAGCACUCCCUACAGUGGAAGCAAGAGUGUUUCAAAAAGAUGUACUCAUCCGGAUUCACUGCAAGAUGCAAAAUGGCAUUUUGAUCAAAAUCUUGGACCAUCUUAAUACUCUUGAUCUCUCCACGACUAGCAACAGUGUAAUGCCAUUUGGAUGUUCAACUCUUGACAUCAGCAUUAUUGCUCAGAUGGGUGACAAAUUCAACGCAACAAUGAAUGAUCUAGUGAAAAACCUGAGACUAGUUCUCUUGCAGUCAUCUGAAUUACAAGAAUGA